AUGGCACCCAGAUGCGUCCUGCUCUGCUGUUUCUGGCUGUUAUGCGCAGUGCCCUGUGUCAGUGCCUGUCUGCAGUGUGACCGCCCCAUCCUCCACAUGCACGAGGACUUCAUAGCCACGGUGGAAGGAAUUACCAUCCAGGAUCAGAUGGAUCUGAAGCAGAUUGUCCAGCACGCCUAUCUCACCUACCAGGAGACCAGUGAGCACCUCCGCGGCCUCGUCGACCCCACAACCUUGUAUCGAGCACAAACAGAGUACCAGAGUGAGUUUAUGAGACACUGGCAGGAGCCAAGGAUGGAAUCUAUCCAGUGGCACAUGAUAAAGAUUGUGGAGAAAGGCAGAAGGAUAUUACAGAGACAUCUAGAGGUGUUUGUUGCUGAAGGCUUGUGUCCAAAUAAAUGUGGUUUGCUCUUUCAGAGUGUGAUGAACUGUUCUUCCUGCCAGUACAGCCUGCACACAUGUCUGUCAGGAACCCCCCCGCAGGACUGUGGAGAGUUCCUAUUGAAUGCAGAGGAGGGUGAGCAGGUGGUGUUUGACUGUUUCCUUCCUUGGCACAGCCUGGUAGUAGGACAGACUGAAUACCAGUACUCCUGGAGCCAGGGAGCAAGAAAUUUUUCAGCUGAGGACGACUAUGAGGUUCUGGUGGUAACGGAGGACUCCAAAAUCGUUCUUAAUCAGCUGAGUUUAAGGGAGCAGGGUGUGUACCGCUGCCUCCUACUGGACAAAAAGCGUACAGCACUCUCCCGCAUGUACUUCAUACUGACAGUCAUUCCUUUGCCAUCUUCAACUCUAAGACAAAUUCCUAUGGUGCCAUCCCUCCCAAGAUCUGACUUCAUUCCUGCCAGACUUCACAGAGACACCCUGCUGAAAAUAGUGGCUAUUCUCACUGCUCUCAGUAUGUCGGCCAGCCUUGUGCUCAUUGCCUACUUCAGGUAGGAGGGGAGAUCUGAUGAGGAUUAGAUGAAGGAUUAGGUGUGGAAUUAUGUGAGGCAUUAGGUGUGGGUGGUGGACUACUGGUAAACCACAAUCAAUUAAAGUUCUCAGAGUCACACACCUGGUGAUGUCUUUCCAAGACGGAGUUUCUAUUGUGUGCCAAUGUUUCUGCCCCAGAAACAUUUUUUUUCCCAGAAGCUU